CAUACAUUACCGUUUCGUUCUCGUUCCGACAUCAAUCCUCGUUCGCUCUCCCAAAAUCUUCAAAUCUCGAAGCUUUCUAUCAACAAUGGAGAAUUUGAUGAUCCUUCUCCCGCUUAUUCUUCUUCUUGCAUCGCUUGCUUCGACGACGACUCUUACUUCAGACAACCCUAGUUUCCCAUCAACUCAAGCGAAGAAGAUGAUCAGGGACUUUAAUUUAUCCCCAGAACGCGAGAUCAACAUUGUUGAGGAUGAUGGUGGUUUACGAUUGUCGAGUGUCCAGCAGAAUUCGAUAGUCGAGAAACGAUUUAAAUUUCCAAAGUUUACCGAUCCAAAUGGCGCCUCUGUCGCUGAUUUAGGUCAUCAUGCUGGUUACUACCAGAUUAAACACUCCCAUGCUGCGCGGAUGUUUUACUUUUUCUUCGAAUCGCGUGGUAAAAAAACAGACCCUGUUGUUAUCUGGCUGACUGGAGGGCCAGGAUGUAGUGGUGAGCUUGCACUUUUCUAUGAAAAUGGUCCUUUCAAGAUCCAAAAUGAUUCUUCUCUGGUGUGGAAUGAGUAUGGAUGGGAUCAGGUAUCCAACCUAUUAUAUGUUGACCAACCUACUGGAACCGGCUUUAGUUACAGCACUGAUGAACGAGACAUUCGACACAAUGAACAGGGUGUGAGUGAUGACCUAUACGACUUUUUACAGGCCUUCUUUAAAGAGCAUCCUGAACUUGCAAAGAACGACUUCUUUAUAACUGGAGAAUCGUUUGCUGGUCAUUACAUUCCUGCUUUUGCUGCUCGAGUCGUCAAAGGAAACAAAGCUAAAGAAGGAAUCCAUAUAAACUUAAAGGGAUUUGCCAUUGGAAAUGGACUCACUGAUCCACUAGUUCAGUACCCGGCAUACACUGAUUAUGCACUGGAAAUGGGAUUAAUUAAGGAGUCUGAGUACAAAGACAUCAACAAACAUCUUCCAUCUUGCGAAACAGCAAUUGAACUUUGUGGUACUGAUGGAACAGAGGCUUGCAUGGCUGCAUGCGAGGCAUGCGACGCCAUUUUUACUUCAAUCAAAUCCAUUGCUGGAAAUAUCAAUCAUUAUGACAUAAGAAAGGAGUGUGUGGGGAGUUUAUGCUAUGACUUUUCGGUGUUGAAGAAUUUUCUUGAUGAGAAAUGUGUGAGGGAGGCUCUUGGAGUUGGAGAUCUUGAUUUUGUUGCUUGCAGUCCUGUUGUAAACCAGGCCCUGAUUGUUGACUGGAUGAGGAAUCUUGAACCUGGUAUCCCUCUUCUCCUUGCAGAUGGGAUUAGAUUGUUGGUAUAUGCUGGAGAAUAUGACCUCAUCUGCAAUUGGCUCGGUAACUCAAGAUGGGUUCAUGCAAUGGAAUGGAGUGGUAAGAAAGAGUUUGGAGCAUCUCCUGAACUUCCUUUUGAAGUUGAUGGGUUUGAAGUUGGUUUAUUUAAGACCCACGAACCACUCACUUUCCUCAAGAUUUAUGAUGCGGGGCAUAUGGUUCCAAUGGAUCAACCAAAGGCAGCUUUAAGCAUGUUAAAGAGGUGGAUGAGGGGAUCGCUUUCUGAAACUGCAUCUGAGACUCAAUCUGUUGUUGAAUCAGAUACAAAUAAACUUGGCACCUUCUCUUGUGCAUCAAACUUGUACAGGAAUCUGAAGUUUCUAUUGUUAAGUAUAUCUCCAUUGAGGAGUAUAAGUAGGUGUGGAAGCACGGAGUUUGGGUCUUAA